AUGGUCCAAUUCCUACUGUUGUUGUUGCUUGCUGCAACCGUGCACAGCAUCUGCGUGCCAUCGCACGAUAACCACGUCGUUCAACUUCCCACAGGAAGAUACCAUGGAAGGCAUGACCCUAGUUCAUCGACAACGACCUACUUCUCCAUCCCAUAUGCAUUCGCAACUCGCUUCGAGAAAUCCAAGCCGAUCGAAGAGAAGCCAGACGUUUCUAGAAGCGCAGUCGUAGAUGCCAGUAAACAUGGCCCGGCUUGUCCAAUCUUCAACCUGCCUCCUCCAUACGACAAAGGGUUCGGAGCGCUGCUCGGCGACCAGCCUAUCAAGCCGCAAUCCGAGGAAUGCCUGACGAUGGACAUAUACGUUCCCGAUGGCGACCACAAGGACCUGCCGGUGUCCCUCUUCACUCACGGAGGAGCUUUCCUGGUCGGGUCCUCCUUCACAUACGACAUGAGUCCGCUCGUCGCAAAAUCUAUGGAGCUUGGGUUGCCGAUGAUUGCGAUAUCGAUCCAGUAUCGGCUGGGACCGCUCGGCUUUCUGAAUCCAAGCAGCUUGGGGUCGCAGAGCAUGGACCUGGGUAUUCUUGACCAGGUCGAAGCGCUCAGAUGGGUCAGGAGAAACAUCCAAGCGUUCGGAGGAAGUCACAAAAGAGUUACCAUCAGUGGCGAGAGCGCUGGUGGUGAAUCGACGCUCUAUCAGCUCCUGUGGACAGACGAAAACUUAUUCCGCUCGGCCUGGUUGAUGAGCGUGCCGUCAUCCGGCCAGCCAUUCCUGGCGCCUCAGCCCAGCUUCAAAGACGACUUGGUCAAGUCGUACGCCAAGGCUUGUGGUUGCUCUGGGACCAAGUCGAUCCAUGCGGCAGUUGCAUGUCUUAAGUCCACGGGGCCGAAAGUCAUGGUGAACCGGUCAGCGGCAUGGGAAGGCAGUCAAACUAGUCUCGGAGGGUUGAUCCGCCACAACAUGUUCGACACCAUUCGAAAGCAUAAGUUCCCGAAGAUACCUGUCGUCUUCUCAGUCACCCGGGACGAGGGCACGGUUCUAGCUCUGGGCUUCGAACCAGAUAGUACCGAAGCCACGAAGAGAAGUCUUGCCGGUUACAUCGCCGGAGCCGGAUUAUCAGGACGCAAAGCCGCAAACUUCGUCCAGCAGCUGUUGAAAGCAUACCCAAACGAUCCGGUUUUGGGCAGUCCGUUCGACGCAGCAGACACCGACUAUGGCUUCGGCUCUCAUUACAAGCGGGCUGCCGCUAUGGCGACUGACGGAACAUUCGUGGAGCCUUGGUACGAAUAUCUCCAGACCUUCUCGGAGCGCACCAAGACCUUUGGACUGCUUUGGAACCAGCCUGCGCCAAAGACGCCUCGAUCGUUAGGAGUCAAUCACGGGGCAGACCUCAGCUUCUAUUUCCCUUUACUCGCCGGCGAAGAUAGAGAUCCACGCAAGACAACUGAAGGGCGACGUUUCGUGAACGCUCUCCAAUCCGCGCUGGUCAACUUCGUGCAUUAUGGCGAUCCCAAUGGCUGCGUGGCAACUGGCCAGGGAGAGAAGUACACCUGGCCUGAGUACUCGAAGAAUGGUCAGGUCACAGUAAUGUCAGCUUCGAACAUUACUUCUGAGCCACAACCACGUCGGCCUGGGUUCGACGUCUUUCGUCGCUUCUUGAGGCCAGGAUCCCUGUGA